UUUACAUCCAAGAAUAAAUACAUUGUGGGUCUGACAAACAAGAAAUAUGGCUGAGCCACCUGAGCCACGGAAGUUCUACGCUGGACGCUGUUGUAAGUUCCACUGGCGAGGUAAGGCCACUGUAAUUUUACCUUUGCUUACAUUACCAAUACUUGUUCUUGGCUUUAAGCAUGAUAUGAAGGAAUACAAGUGCUUGUAUCUCAUUGCUACCAUGGCCUUAUUGUGGAUAUCCGAAGCUCUUCCAAUUUACGUUACUGCACUGAUGCCUAUGGUGUUUCUACCAAUGCUUGGACUUGUGCCUCCGGAAGUAGUUUGCCAGUUGUAUUUUACCGAUACCAUUGUAAUGUUCCUUGGAGGUCUUAUUGUUGCCUUGGGAAUAGAAUACUGCAAUCUCCACACGAGAAUUGCCUUAAGAACUAUUCUUUUAGUCGGUGGUAGUCCCAGACGCCUUUUUGUUGGAUUGAUAGGUGUGAGCGUUUUCAUGGGCUUGUGGAUAUCGAACUCGGCAGGGACAGCUAUGAUGUGUCCUAUAGUCAAGGCGCUGAUCUCUGAAAUGGAAGCUAACAAUAUGUUUCCAGUUUACAUGACCCAAGAGGAAGAGCCAGUGGACGAGGGCGAACCACCGCAUCCAUCAAAGAUAACAAUGGCCUUCUAUAUUGGCGUGGCAUACUCCUCAACAAUUGGUGGUCUAGGAACUCUGAUUGGCACGAGCACAAACCUAGUCCUUAAGGGAAUUUAUGAGCAGCGAUUUCCCACUAGCACAGAGGAGAUUUCAUUUGCCAAUUUCAUGUUCUACUCGAUCCCUCUUAUGGUGGUGCUUAAUAUAACUCUGGUUAUUAUUGCUAUUUUGACAACUCACAUGGGCUUGUUUCGGCCAAAUAGUAAAAUCGGACAGAUUAUAUCAAAGGCCAACGAGAACAAAAAAGCGUUAGAGGGUGCUUUGAGACAACGUUAUGCUGAAUUGGGCCCAAUGAGCUGUCACGAGAUCCAAAUAUGCAUUCUGUUUUUUAUUAUGAUCGUCCUUCUACUUACUCGGAAGCCAGGCUUCUUUCCGGGUUGGGCCGAAUUUCUUAAUGCUAAGCCUAUAGGAAGUGCGUCUGCAUUAGUUUUUAUUAUUAUUUUAUUAUUCGCAUUACCCACCCAGUAUACAUUUUUCAAGUACUGCUGCGGUCAAGCUCCUUUUCCAGCCCAGGCAUUAGAUGCUUUAUUAUCUUGGAAAUUUGUUCAUGACAAUAUCCCUUGGGGUCUGACAUUUCUGCUUGGUGGAGGCUUCGCCUUGGCCGAGGCCAGUAAACGAUGUGGUGUCAAUGUGAUGAUCGCCAGAGCCAUGCAAGUCCUUGUUGGAAUGCCACCCAUUGCUGUGCAAAUGAUUACACUUGCCCUGUGCCAAUUUUUCUCGAUGUUCAACUCCAACACUGUCGUGGCCAACAUUCUGAUACCAAUUUUAUGUGAAAUGGCUCUUGUUUUGGAAAUACAUCCUUUGAUCUUGACCUUGCCAUCGUGUUUGAUAAUCAGUAUGUGCUACUUUUUGCCCGUUAGCACGCCCCCAAAUGCAAUUGUUACCAGUUAUGCCCACAUCAAGACCAAGCACCUUGCCUGUUGCGGAAUACUGCCCACCAUUAUAGGAUAUUUAGUGUGUCUUAUGAACACGAAUACAUGGGGAACGAUAAUUUAUAGUCAAACCAAUACUUUUCCAGAUUGGGCCAAAGAAGUUAAGGAAAAAGGCACCUGAUGA